AUGUCUUUAAACUACAUCAGAAUCUUCUACGAGGGAUGCGUAAGUGAAUGGCUCAGGCUUGUUCCAGCACUGUCGCACUUCUGUGAGGUCCGAUGUGUGACGCCAUUCUGUGCGUUCGUGUUGCAGCUCAGGCCUCCAACGGUGAUUGGCCAGUUCCACACCUUGUUCUUCGGCUCGGUCCGGAUGUUUUUCUUGGGAGUUCUAGGCUUUGCCGUCUACGGGAAUGAAGCCCUGCACUUCAGCUGUGAUCCGGACCGUCGUGAAGUCAACCUGUUCUGCUACAACCAGUUCCGACCCAUAACACCUCAGGUCUUUUGGGCAUUGCAGUUGGUGACCGUUCUGGUUCCCGGGGCAGUGUUCCACUUAUAUGCUGCAUGUAAAAAUAUUGACCAAGAAGAGAUACUGGAAGGACCCAUCUACACCGUCUUUUACAUCAUUUCUGUUCUUCUGCGCAUCAUUCUGGAGAUCAUCGCUUUCUGGCUGCAGAGCCAUCUCUUUGGCUUCCAGGUUCACUCGCUGUACCCGUGCGAUGCCAGCGCUUUGGAAAAGGCUUUUAAUGUCACUAAGUGCAUGGUACCCGAACACUUUGAAAAGACCAUCUUCCUCAGUGCCAUGUACACCUUCACUGUGAUCACCAUUCUGCUCUGCGUCGCUGAGAUUUUUGAGAUUCUCUUCCGAAGGCUUGGUUACCUCAACAAUCAAUGACACAAAAUCACAUCCACUUUUUCCAGUUUUUAUCAGGCUCUUAGUUAGCUGGACUUUCCUGGUCUAAACGUAUCCGUGGUCCACCAUGAGUACCAGUGGAAGAGCGGAGGAGUCUCACUGUUCGUUGCCCUGAAAUGUUGGGCGACCAUCCAGGGUCGUUUCUUGGAUGUCGGUGGGUGAACGCGGUUCCCCAAGACGUUGAUGAGAGGAUCGAAGAACACGAACCUCCUUUAAAGCUGUUCAAGGUUAAGAGGUUGUAUUUUUGUUGUUUUUUAUAGCUCCAGGGGAAAAAAAACUCCAAAAUUACCUGAAAACAUACCCAGGUUCACCGCCUGGAGAGAUCUUCUCUGGACUUUAUUCAAGAAUAGACUUCCAACAACUGACACAAUAUUUGUUACCCUUGUUCUAUCCUAGGCACUUUAACGUUGGGAGUUGGGUCAUCUAGACCCACUAGACAGUGCUCUGAACCUUUUUUCUUCAAUGA